AUGAGUUCAAAAUUCUUGGGAUCUCCUUCCCCCACAGACCCGCCAGGUCUCACCCCUGGUCUCACACCCAUUCCCGUCCUCCAUCGCAAAGACUUCAAAAAGCUGCCUGAGUGGGACUUUGAUGAUGUUUACAAGACAGACUCCGAGAUCCACAAGACCACACAGGAGUGUGGCAACAGUCUCUGGGGCAGGAUCCGCUCGGACUCGGAGCUGAGGUCUAAGUUUGUCCCAAACAUUCGUCUGUUCGUGUUCAACGGCAGCAUCAGCCACAGGGACUGGAACACACUCUCUCACUUCAACAACCCCUUUGGAUUCAUGGACUACAGGCGGCAAGAUGUGAUGUCUGCCCUGUCACUUGUGCAGAAACCCUCCUCCUCCCUGCUGCCUCCUAAACCAGGCAGAGACUGCAUCAGCUGUGCAGUGGUGGGAUCAGGAGGAGUGCUCUGGAGGUCCAAGAAGGGACUAGAGAUAGACAGACACGACUAUGUGUUCAGAGUGAAUGGAGCAGUGAUUUCUGGUUUCGAGGAGGAUGUUGGGGCUCGCACAGACGUCUAUGUGCACACGGCUCACUCUAUCACAACCUCAGAAUACAGGCUCAAGAAAUACAACUACACAGGAGCUCCACACGACCAGGGGAUAAAGUACGUGCUGAUCCCUGAGGGCAUGAGGGACUUUGAAUGGCUCACCGGACUCUACCGACACCAGCGAGUGGAGACCGGACCGUACAAAGGCCGACGGCCCUGGAUCCAGUACUCGGACCAGUUCAACGAGACACGCUUCUACGUCCUACACAUGGACUUCCUGCGGCUCGUCAGGAACAGGUUCCUGAGGUCCCCCUCGCUGCAGUCCAAUCACUGGGCCAUCGUCAGACCCACAAACGGAGCCUUCACGGUCUUCCUGGCGUUGCAACUGUGCGACAAAGUCGACGCCUACGGUUUCAUCACUAAAGACCACAAGAAGUUCUCAAACUACUACUUUGAGCGCGGAGCCAAGACCCACGUGGUCUUCUAUGCGAACCAUAAUUACAACCAGGAGAUGGCGCUGUGGAAGACGCUGCACGACAAGGGGAUCAUCCACCUGUACCAGGGAGAGGGCCGAGAACCAGAGACGACACAGGCCAAACCAGAGACCAUCAAGAGACCCAACCAGGCCAAAGCAAAGACCACCAAGAGACCCGACCAGGCCAAAACAAAGACCACCAAGAGACUCGACCAGGCCAAAACAAAGACCACCAAGAGACCCGACCAGGCCAAAACAAAGACCACCAAGAGACCCGACCAGGCCAAAACAAAGACCACCAAGAGACCCGACCAGGCCAAAACAAAGACCACCAAGAGACCCGACCAGGCCAAAACAAAGACCACCAAGAGAUCCGACACAGGCCAAAAGAGAGACCACUAA